CUUUUUCUUCACACGUGGAGAGGAGUUAACGAGGGUUGAGUUGGAAUCAGCUAAUUUGAAAUUUCGAUACAGAGUUUCUUGCCAAAAAUAUAAUAAUUUACCUCAAAUUUUACCAAAAUUUAGUAAAGCUCUCCUUCUCAGCCCUGAUAUUGACUCCAUUCUGAGUUCACCACGAUCAGAACAUGUGCGACGUGUGACAACUAAGUAAUCAGACCGUGUAUAUUGUCGCGUUUGUGGUACCCUGCGAUCUUGCUGAGUUGUAUUGAGUAAAGGUGUGUUUGUAGUGCUCGAAACUAAAAUGGAAGAAGUGAAAUCAGGAGCAACGCGUCGUGAUAAAUUUUUGCGCCAAAUACGCUAAAAUGGUAAAACUUCAUGGUGAUAGUUCUCUUAGUAGUGCCCAGGUGUUUCGAUGGCAAAAAGAGCUUAAGAAGGGCCAUGGAAUGGUCCAGAAAGAACUUCUUCCACCGAGGCAAACAGACAUCGCUCGUAACUGGAUCUUUCAUUACGAUAACGUGCCGUGCCACAUCGCCCUCAGCAUAUUGCAACAGCCGCCUUAUUCUCCCGAUAUGUCACCCUUUGACUUUUUUCCUAGAACAAAAUCGAUGGCCAAAGGAACGCAAUUUGAGUCGAUUGAGGACAUCCAGAUGGCCGUGAAUCGUUUUAUAGCUGACCAUGGAAACUAAUUUGAAGGAGAUGGAAGAUUUGUCUAUGGGAUCAGCUUCAUUACUUAUUUUUCACACCUCGUAUAUGUACAUUCAAGCAUACGAUUAUAUUUUUAAGAGGAGGA